AUGAGUCCUCUAGGAUGUAACUUUGUUCAUGUCGUAGACAUCAUUUGGUGGGGUCCGGGUUUAUUCCUGGAGCUGGAACAGCAAAAGGUGUAUGUUUGCGAGCAGCUUUCCGGGAAAAAGUUCCUGUUCCUGUUCCUGUUCCUGUUCCUGUUCCUGUUCCUGUUCCUGUUCCUGUUCCUGUUCCUGUUCCUGUUCCUGUUCUUGUUCCUGUUCCUGUUCCUGUUCCUGUUCCUGUUCCUGUUCCUGUUCAUAUUCCUGUUCCUGUUCCUGUUCCUGUUCCUGUUCCUGUUCCUGUUCCUGUUCCUGUUCCUGUUCCUGUUCAUGUUCCUGUUCCUGUUCCUGUUCCUGUUCCUGUUCCUGUUCCUGUUCCUGUUCCUGUUCCCAACCCCAUUAUCACUCCCAUUCCAGAUCCCAUCCCAUUCAAAUUCACAUCUUAUUCCCAUUGCAAUUCCCAUCCCAUCCAUAUUCCUAUUGGAAUUCCCAUCCCAUUUACAUUUCCAUUUCUAUCUCAUUCCCAUCUAA